AUGAAGUUGUCUACGCCUAGAUAUACAUUUUGUUUAUUUUUUCAAGUUAUAUUCAUGCUCUGUGAUCUUUUAUUUAAUUGUGUAAGCUUAUUCCCAAGAAGCCGAGAUGGAUUACUUGUCCUAUUCAUAUUUCAAGACUUGUUCCUUGUACUCUCCAUCACAACGAUGUUAAUGACAUUCUUCUCAACCUAUUUGUUUCAAGCAGGUCUGGUGGAAGUGUUGGUGCGGAAGUUCCGCGCGGCGGGCUCGGUGUGUGUGGCGUACAUUGUCGCGAGUGUCGCGCUGCACGCCGCGUGGCUGCUUGAAAAAUGGGCUGAACCGGAGUCAGUGUCUACUCCUUUGCUGAUUUGCUUGUUUACUCUACAGAGAUGCUUAUCACCAUGGUAUUACUUCUUCUACAAGAGAGCAGCACUGAGGGUCAGUGACCCUCGUUUUUAUGAAGACAUUGACUGGAUCAAUCAGCAACUGCAAGCUCACUAG